GAUUCUCUUGUGCUUUUCUUUUUCUUGAGGACGUAGUUCUAGUAUAUGAUGAUUGCUUUACUUAAGAGUAAUCUCAACGUGCAUGGAUUCUUUAAUUUCAAACUGAUGUUAAAAAGUUCCUAUAUAAAAAAAUGGUGAUCUAGAUUAUUUCCUUAAGAUCAUUACAAAAAAUGAACAUGGAAAUGUUUGCUUUGGAAAAUUUGGACCAAACAAUCCUUAAAAAAACUAUUCUUGUUUUAUUUUGUUCGUUUUUGUUUCAGAAGAUCGUUAGAUACAUGUGUGGUCUUCUCAAAGUUGAUAAAGAACCUGUCACCAUAUUGGUCACUGGUGCUGCAGGACAAAUUGGUUAUGCACUUGUUCCAAUGAUUGCAAGAGGGAUGAUGUUAGGUCCAAAUCAACCUGUGAUUCUACAUAUGCUUGAGACUGAACCAGGAUUUGAGGCACUUAAAGGGGUCAAAAUGGAACUAAUUGAUGCUGCUUUCCCACUUCUUAAAGGUGUUGUUGCUACUACUGAUGUUGUUGAAGCUUGCAAGGAUGUUAACAUUGCUGUUAUGGUUGCUGGAAUCCCAAGAAAAGAAGGAAUGGAAAGAAAAGAUGUAAUGUCUAAGAAUGUUUCUAUUUACAAAGCUCAAGCUUCAGCUUUGGAACAACAUGCUGCUGCAGAUUGUAAAGUGCUAGUGGUUGCAAAUCCAGCAAACACAAAUGCUCUAAUAUUGAAAGAAUUUGCUCCAUCAAUCCCUGAGAAAAACAUCACAUGUCUUACAAGACUUGAUCAUAAUAGAGCAUUAGGCCAAAUCUCUGAGAAGCUUAAUGUUCAUGUUAGUGAUGUGAAAAAUGUCAUCAUUUGGGGCAAUCACUCCUCAACUCAAUAUCCAGAUGUCAAUCAUGCAACCGUCGCAUUAAGUAACGGCCAAAAACCUGUCAGAGAAUUAGUUGCCGAUGAUUAUUGGCUAAACAAUGAGUUCAUCACAACUGUUCAGCAACGUGGAGGUGCAAUUAUCAAAGCAAGGAAAUUGUCUAGUGCGUUAUCAGCAGCAAGUGCUGCUUGUGAUCAUAUACAUGAUUGGGUUCUAGGUACACCUAAGGGAACAUGGGUAUCAAUGGGAGUAUAUUCUGAUGGGUCUUAUGGAAUUCAACCUGGUCUCAUUUACUCUUUUCCUGUUACAUGUGACAAAGGAGAGUGGAGUAUAGUAGAAGGGCUCAAGAUUGAUGAAUUGUCAAGGGAAAAGUUGGAUAAAACUGCCCAAGAACUCAUUGAGGAGAAAACAUUGGCUUACUCAUGCAUUUAGUUUGACCCAAAAGAGGAAAUCAUGCUUUUAAUUGACUACAUGCUUUUACUUAAAAUCCCUUUGCAUAGUAAAUUUGGUUCUUACAAAAAAGAGAGACUUUCCUUAACCUGAAUAAGUGUGGGGUUGUGUACAGUAUCUAUCUUCAAAUUGUAUUAUUAUUUCAAUAAUUAAUAAUUAUAAUAAUUUAAAUCUCA